UAUUUUGAAAAAAGGCUCCGCCGUUCCUGUAUGCCAACUUGACUUAAAUGUGCUAACGCGAACAAGGCGAACAAUUCCAAAGUUGUGGGGCAAGUUUUGUUGUAAAUGGGGCGUCAUAAAUGUGCCUAUGGGUGUGAGAGCCCCGACGAGAAAUAUUUCAAGUUUCCACUGUUCAACGAGAGGAGACUGAAGAAAUGGCUGGCCAACAUGAAGUGGAAGGACUGGACGCCUUCUCGCUUCUCUGUGCUGUGUAGCAAACACUUUGAGGAGCAACACCUGGACAGAAGUGGCAAAUGUGUCCAGCUGAGAGAAGAUGCUGUUCCCACAAUCUUUCAACCCCAAGAUGAGGCCAAAAAGAUGCAGGCACUCACGACUCCAAAAAGUAGGAGACGGAAGCACGUUAGCACUAAAUCCUCAAAUACGGCGACGGCCACGCCUGACACGGUUGAGGGCAGCGUCCCAGACGACCCCCUCGGCCACGAGGACAGCGACCCUGCCAGACACGUGGAGGACCAACGGAAGCCCAGCAGGUGGAGGAUCAUCAUGGACGAAGGCCUAAUAAAGAUCACCUCUUUCCCGCACUUCUUCCACGGGGAUUAUUGUGCCUCACAGGACGUCCAGUGGGCUCCUGACACCGACGUGAUGACCUCCACUGAGGAGAUGGCCUGCAAAGACCCUGAGAAGGUGAUCCAGGUGAGCGAGGCGUGGCAGUGGCUCAGCCUGGACGUGCGCGGGCCUCUGCCAAAGACGCACAACGGCCACACCUACGUGGUGACGCUGAGCGACUGCUACUCCAAGUGGGUGGAGGCCGCCCCCGUGCCGGCGUUCCUUUCCAAGCACGUCGCCAAGCACAUCGCAGACACCAUCGUGCACUUUGGCUUCCCGCUGUGCGUCCUUUCCCGGCUGCCUCGCGACAUCAUCCGCCAGAUCAACCAGGAGCUCACCAGUCAGCUGACAAUCUCCACGGCGCUUGUGAUCUAUCAUCCACACGCCGGCGCCACUGAUGAGAACACACAGCAGAUGAUUGACAGCAUGGUCCGCGAGCUUGUCCAGGACCAUGCGGCCGACUGGGACGUCUACCUGCCUGCCAAGGUCUUCGCUCUCUGCUUCCAAGAACAUUCGGCCACGAAACAGCGACCCUUUGCGCUGCUCUGCUGCAGCGGCCUGAAACCUGUUCACACGCCACGGCCACUACGUUACACCAACAUAGAGAUCCGAGAGAGCGCUCUAGUGGUCAAAUAGCGUUAAAUCUGUAAGUCGCCUUUCUUUCUGCAAGUGGAAUUCAUGGAUAUUUGAGUGAAUUUCCAUCAAUUUCUGACAAUGAGGUGGAAACUGAACCACGGUCAUCUUCCGGAGGACUUUUCAUCACCAGUUGUCUUUGAAUUUUCAUGAAUCCUGUGGGAAAUGUUUUUUGAAAAAUUAAACAUGCAAUUUUGCUUUGGA